CAAGCGCUAGUUCAACGAUUACUUAACGCGAUGAAUAAUGGUCGUCAUAAAUUUCGCACUCAAGCAUGCGAAUAUAUCUGCCGGGGUAUCGUAUCGCGAGAUCUCACUGAGAUUGCUAAUGUAGGUUGAAGUUGAACGAAUCCAUGAAUCUAUGCCUAUAUGCAGACUGUUCGACAACCGAAAACGAACUUGGAGUGGGUUGGCUUCAGUGUGAAUUGGUUUUCAGUCGUCUCGUGACGUCUACGAUUACGCCUACAUGAAAUAUUUAAUUGAAAGCUAAUUAAUGUGUUAUUUAACUAACGUGUGAAAAUGUCUUACGUGAAAAUUGUUUGUGUUUGUUUGAUUUUUUUUUUUAUAACUUGCGACUCAACUUGGUCAUCAAAUGAGAAAAUGACAAUUGACACUUUUGCAAGUACGGAUAAUCGGUUAAUUUUACUCAGAACUUCUCGACAUAUUACUACAAAUAUUAUCAUGUUAAAACGACGUCUCAAAAAGUUAAUUCAACGUAGAAAAUUGCUCUACAAUCGACUAAUAACUACAAAAAAUAAAAUGGCGGCUAGGAAACAUAAACACAAACUGCGUACACUCCAAAAGCAGAUCCGAGGGCUACGACAAAAGUUACAAAAACACCGCAAGAAUAAAAAUGCAAAAUUGUUGAAAUCUUCAAACAAUUACGAUAUUCAAAUUAAGAACUUUCAAGAGCUGCGCAAGUUACACGAAAAGUGCAAGAAUCAAGGAUGUUCCCAGCUAUGCUCACCCGAGGUGGAUAUCAUCGCAUCUACAUCUAAAUGUCACUGCCAUCGUGGAUUUUAUCUAGACCCAAGAGAUAACAAAACAUGUUUGGAUAUAAACGAAUGUAAAAUGUUGUCAGCAUCAAAUAAAUGCGAGUAUAAAUGUAUCAACACGAUGGGUAGCCAUUACUGCGCAUGUCCACAUGGCAAGAAGUUAUCGUUUGAUAAGAGGACCUGCAUGGACAUAAACGAAUGUUUCUUAAACAAUAAUCAUGGCCCGUGUCAAGAUGGUUGCGUUAAUCUGGAAGGUUCCUACCGUUGUACUUGUGAUCGCUUUUCAGGCACACGUUUGAACCAAAACGGUCAUUCAUGCGGGGAUAUUAACGAAUGCCUGGAGGGAACAUCCGGUUGUAGUCAUGAUUGCUUCAACGUGUACAAUUCUUAUGUGUGUGGAUGUCCCGACGGAAUGCUUCUUGAUUCUGAUGAGAAAACCUGUCUUGAUAUCAAUGAAUGUCAACGCGUGGAAGUUAGGAAAACAUGUCUUGGAAAAUGCAUCAACACAAUUGGAUCUUACUUCUGUUUAGAAGCAGACGUCAAUGGUUUGUAUCAACAUGAAGUCAUAUGUGAACAGAUGACUCCGAAUCCAGACGGAUAUUAUUUAUGUAAUCGUAAUGACACUGUUAAGAUUGUUCUAAAAGGUAUUACUAACCGCGAACAUUUUUUGAAUGCUCCAGGUACGAUCUGCACGUAUCAUACUAAUUAUCACGUGCCGCUUACGAGUCACGUGUGUAAUGAUCGUGCUACAUGGGAAGAUUUUCCCUUAACUAUUAUUAAUAAUACAAUCAAUAAUUCCUCUAGGAAGUAGUAUUUUAAUUGUAUUGACUUUGAUUACUUUUAGUUAUUAAUUUGAUUUAUUCUAUACAGAAAAUGAAAUAAUUUAUUACUUUGUACAGUUUUUUGGUAGAAGUUUGGAACACCGCAGUUUUUCGAGUCUUCAAAACAACGAUUUAGUAGUACUUGCAUUCUGCGUGCAGUGUUUCAAAUUCAAGGUUUGACUCAAAGAAACGAACAUAAAUAAAAUGCCUUAAUAAAUUUCGGUGUUUAUAAACAAACAAGUUUCUCUUAUCUCGUUCAACUUGUGCACCGUCACCUCGUUGUCGACGCACGCGGUCGGCUUUCGUACGCUGUCAGUCUCAUUUGUAUCGUCAGGUGAUCCG